ACUCCAUCAGGCUGGUGAACCAUCUGUGCUCAGGCAGGCUGGAGGUGAUGCUGAACGGCUCGUGGUCCUCAGUGAAUGAAGAUGACUUUGACCAGCAGGAUGCAGAGGUGGUCUGUAGGGAGCUGGGAUGUGGGCCUCCAUCAGGCCUCCAGGGGGCGCUCUAUGGAGAAACAGAGGCUCCAGAGUGGAGCAGAGAGUUCCUCUGUGAAGGUCAUGAGUCUGCUCUCCUGAAAUGUAGAAGCUCUGUUCAAAAAUAUUCUGGAAAAGCUGCUGGACUCACCUGCUCAGAUUCUGGAAACAUUCGGUUGGUUGGUGGAGACCAUCGUUGUGCUGGAACACUGAA